AUGGCCAUCUACAAGCUUGAACAAAACGCUAACUAUUUGUCGGACUCUACCUCCAGCAUCAAUAGCUUGACAUCUAAUUCUUCAGGCGAGUUUUCGGACAAUGAGAUUAGGCCGACAUACAAGUCCGUGACAUUCAUGAAGCACAAAGCAUCAGUCGGAACUGGAUUGGUUCUUUCCGAAACUCGCAAUGGCGAAACUAGAAUCAAUAAGGUGAUCCCAGGAAGCGUCGCUUCUGGAACAUCCUUGCAUCCAGGUAUGUUGGUUUGCGCCAUCAACAACAUCCGAUGUGAACACCUAAACACUGUGGAGGUAGCGCAACUUUUGACUGGAGCGGUGGGGAAGAUCACAAUCCUGGCAUCUAUACCGGUACCAACCCAACCAAAGCAGGAAUCAAAAAGGAAUGUUUCCAGAAGGACAAGGAGAGAAGGCAUCGUUUGCUUGCCCUAUGGAAUCAGAAUCAUCGAGGAAACAGGUACUGGAUCCAUUGUCAUUUCUCGCGUCUACCAAGGAUCUCCGCUGGCAAAAUCCAAGAUUGCUCCUGGACAUUCCAUUAUUAAAAUUGACAGCAAAGACUGCAUGGGAAUGAGUGCUUUUGAAGUUGCCCGGGAGUUGGACAACUUGAAAGGAAGAGCCCCAAUCAUUACUGCACUUCCUGAUGGAACCUUGGUCCAAACCAAUCUCGUAAGGACCAAGUCCAACCCAUCCACAGUGCCAAAAUCUAACGUAUAA